CCCGGAGCCGCCUCCCCGGCUGCUGGCACCCAAAGCUUCCUCCUUCGCCAGCCAGGACGCUGCCGCCUCGUCCUUGCCCGCGGCUCCGCUGACGAGGCUUCAAAGCUGCAACUUAGUGGAGUUGGCCUCCCUGCCCACCUGUGGAAGAAGCUCACGCUGAUUGAUGCGCCAUCGACAUUUUUCCUCUUCGGCCUCGCGGGCGUCCCCUCCCACAGAAGCAGCAUCACCCGGUGAAUGUACACUAGGGUGGUUUUUCCCCCCUGCUUCGGGCUUUGUUUGAGUUUGAUUGUGUUUGACUCUUUGCUGAGCUGAUUUAUGCAGCAGAAGCCCCAUCGGCUGGAAAGAAACAAAAGCUCUUUUCUUUGUCCCAGAGCGGGCUGCAGAGCCCUAGCUCGCGUCGCCUCCGCGGGGCUUCGGCCGUCCGAGGAGGUGCUGCUGGCUGAGACGGCGGGACCCGCGGUCCGAACUGGGAGGGCCGCGGGGGCCCUGAGAUGCCGAUCGGUGCCCAGGCCAGCGUACCUGCACCGGUAGCUCCGAGCCGCGGGGUCCGCCUGCCGGGCCUGCGGGAAUCGUCCUAGUGAGACUCGGCCCGUGGGCCCCGAGGUGCGCCCAGGAGGCGCAAGCACGCGCCCCGAAAGCAGAGAGGCGGCGGGCGCGGUGCGAGCGACUGUGCAUUAUGUGCCGCUGGGCCCUGGCUUUUUUUACCGCCGCAUUUGUCUGCCUGCAAAACUGCCGGCGAGGUCCUGCCCAGGCUCUCCGGGCGGCCUGGGUGUUUUCAUUUGUUCUUGGAUUGGGCCAAACUGAAGACAAUAGAUGUGCGGACUCCAAUGCAGCAUCGUGUACCAAGUGCCUUGAGCUGGGUCCAGAAUGCGGAUGGUGUGCUCAAGAGGUUUUCAUUUCAGGUGGAUCAAGGAGUGAACGUUGUGAUAUUGUUUCCAAUUUAAUAAGCAAAGGCUGCUCGGUUGAUUCAAUAGAAUGCCCAUCUGUGCAUGUAAUACCAAGUGGAAAUGAAAUUAAUACCCAGGUGACACCAGGAGAAGUGUCGAUCCAGCUGCGUCCAGGAGCUGAAGCUAAUUUUAUGUUGAAAAUUCAUCCUCUGAAGAAAUAUCCUGUGGACCUUUAUUAUCUAGUUGAUGUCUCAGCAUCAAUGCACAAUAAUAUAGAAAAACUAAAUUCUGUUGGAAAUGAUUUAUCUAGAAAAAUGUCAUUUUUCUCCCGUGACUUCCGCCUUGGAUUUGGCUCAUACGUGGAUAAAACAGUUUCACCCUAUAUCAGCAUCCACCCAGAAAGGAUUCAUAAUCAGUGCAGUGACUAUAAUUUAGACUGCAUGCCUCCCCAUGGGUAUAUUCAUGUGCUAUCGUUGACGGAGAACAUCACUGACUUCGAAAAAGCAGUUCACAGACAGAAGAUCUCUGGAAAUAUAGAUACACCAGAAGGAGGUUUUGACGCCAUGCUUCAGGCAGCUGUUUGUGAGAGUCAUAUUGGGUGGCGAAAAGAAGCUAAGAGAUUGCUGCUGGUGAUGACAGAUCAGACAUCUCAUCUUGCUCUUGAUAGCAAAUUGGCAGGCAUAGUGGUGCCGAACGAUGGAAACUGCCAUCUGAAAAACAACGUCUAUGUCAAGUCCACAAGCAUGGAACAUCCCUCACUAGGCCAACUUUCAGAAAAAUUAAUAGACAACAACAUCAAUGUCAUUUUUGCAGUUCAAGGGAAACAGUUUCAUUGGUAUAAGGAUCUUCUUCCACUCUUGCCUGGCACCAUCGCUGGUCAAAUAGAAUCAAAUGCUGCAAACCUCAAUAAUUUGGUAGUAGAAGCAUAUCAGAAACUCAUUUCAGAAGUGAAAGUUCAGGUGGAAAACCAGAUACAUGGAGUCUCUUUUAACAUUACUGCCAUCUGUCCAGAUGGGUCCAGAAAGCCAGGCAUGGAGGGAUGCAGAAAUGUGACAAGCAAUGACGAAGUUUUUUUCAGUGUAACAGUUACAAUGAAAAAAUGUGAUGCCACAGGAGGAAAAAGCUAUGCAAUAAUCAAGCCUAUUGGUUUCAAUGAAACCACUAAAAUUCACAUCCACAGACACUGCAGCUGUCAGUGUGAUGAUAGCAGAGAACCUAAAGGAAAGUGUAUAGAUGAAAAUUUUGGGGACACUCACUGUUUCCACUGUGAUGACAAUAAGUGUCAUUUUGAUGAAGAUCAGCUUCCAUCUGAGAGUUGCAAGCCACACAAGGAUCAACCUGUUUGCAGUGGUCGCGGGGUUUGUAAUUGUGGGAGAUGUUUAUGUCACAAAACUAAGCUUGGAAGAGUGUAUGGAAAAUACUGUGAAAAGGAUGAUUUUUCUUGUCCAUAUCAUCAUGGAAAUCUGUGUGCUGGUCAUGGAGAGUGUGAAGCUGGCAGAUGUCAGUGCUACAGUGGCUGGGAAGGGGAUUGGUGCCAAUGUCCGUCAGCCUCAGCCCAGCACUGUGUCAACUCAAAGGGCCAAGUGUGCAGCGGGAGAGGCACCUGUGUGUGUGGCAGAUGUGAGUGCACAGAUCCCAUGAGCAUAGGACGUUUCUGUGAACACUGCCCCACGUGUAAUACAGCCUGCAAUGAAAACUGGAAUUGUAUGCAAUGCCUUCACCCUCACAAUCUCUCUCAAGCUCUACUUGAUCAGUGUAAAACCUCAUGUGCUCUCAUGGAACAACAUUCUGUGGACCAAACAUCAGAAUGUUUGUCCAGCCCAAGCUAUUUGAGAAUAUUUUUCAUCAUCUUUAUAGUAACCUUCUUGAUUGGGUUGCUUAAAGUCCUCAUCAUUAGACAGGUGAUACUGCAAUGGAAUAGUAAUAAAAUUAAGUCCUCGGCAGAUUAUAGAGGGUCAACCUCAAAAAAGGAUAAGUUGCUUCUGCAUAGUGUUUGCACAAGAACAGUAACCUAUCGACGUGAGAAGCCUGAAGAAAUAAAAAUGGAUAUCAGCAAAUUAAACGCUCAUGAAACUUUCAGGUGCAACUACUAAAGAAGAUUAAAAAAAAAAGUAUUUCAUGAGAAACUGGACUAUUAAUAAUUGCUCCUAAAAAUUAUAAUUCUAAAAGUCACAGGAGGAGUCAAAACAUCCAAGGUCAUGCCAGUUGCUGAUUAUAUUCUCCAACGAAGACUGACAACAUCCUCAUCUUAAUGUGACUCACAUAGCUGCUGAAAUAUUCAGAGAAAAAUGUGUCUUACUACUGUUUGAAACUAGUGUCAUUGUAGCACUUUACUGUAAUAUAUAACUUAUUUAGAUCAGCAUAGAAUGUAGAUCAUCUGAAGAGCACUGAUUACACUUUACAGGUACCUGACAUUCCUAGCUUCCCAGAGACAGACAAUGCUGUGAGAAUUGUAGCAUUGUGUCACUACAAGGGUACAGUAAUUCCUGCACUGAACAUGUGGAUGAAAAAAAAAAUCAGUUAUACUAACUUUGCCAAACACUUUAGCAAUUGGCAGUGAAUAGACAAGAACACCUAGAUGAAUAAAUUGUAUUUCACUUGUUUGAGAAGUGAAAAGAUAGAAUCUUAAUAUCACAGUAAGGGAUAUUGUUUUUGAAACUGUGGUUUUAUGCAUGUGUGUUUGGUUUUCUUUUUUUUUCAUUUUUUGUAAGAUGGAUACUAACUCCAACCUUCUCUCUUCUUUAUAUUGUUUUUUUCUUUCUUACAGGAUAAGUUUAUAUAUGUCACAGGUGACUGGACUAAAUAAGUGCUAAGUUACUACUGCCAUAAAAACCUAAUAAUACAAUGUCACUUUAUUAGAAUACUGGUUUUUAAAGCUGAAUGU